UUUAUAUAUAUGCACACUCAUUUUCAUUUUCAUCCUAGCUCAUUAUUCUCACUAUCUAGCUAGCUAGCUAUAUAUUAUCACACCACCAUAUGACAACCAACAUGACAGACGAAGUUCCGCACAGAGAGCCUUUAGCAUUGAAAGACUACCAUGACCCGCCACCGGUGGCAUUUUUUGAUACCAAAGAGUUGGGCAAGUGGUCGUUCUAUAGAGCUCUAAUUGCCGAGUUCACUGCCACGCUUCUCUUCCUUUACAUAACUGUCUUGACAGUUAUUGGUUACAAGAGCCAAAUAGACACGAGCUCGAACCCUUGUGGCGGUGUUGGCGUCCUAGGCAUUGCUUGGGCAUUCGGUAGUAUGAUCUUUAUUCUUGUUUACUGCACUGCCGGUAUCUCUGGUGGCCACAUUAACCCAGCCGUGACAUUUGGUCUAUUUCUUGCUCGUAAGGUGUCACUGCCCCGAUUGAUCCUAUACAUUGUGGCCCAGUGCUUAGGAGCCGUUUGUGGUGUGGGUUUGGUCAAGGUUUUCCAUAAGAGUUACUAUUACAGAUAUGGUGGUGGUGCCAACGAGCUAGUCGAUGUCUACAAUAAAGGUACCGGGUUGGGUGCAGAGAUAAUCGGCACCUUUGUUCUUGUCUACACCGUCUUCUCAGCCACCGAUCCUAAAAGGAACGCAAGAGAUUCUCAUAUUCCCAUAUUGGCACCAUUACCCAUUGGAUUCGCUGUGUUCACAGUUCACCUAGCGACGAUUCCUAUCACUGGGACGGGUAUCAAUCCUGCUAGGAGUUUCGGAGCUGCUGUGAUUUACAAUAAGGAGAAAGCCUGGGACGAUCAAUGGAUAUUUUGGGUUGGACCAUUCAUUGGUGCCGCCAUUGCCUCCUUCUACCACCACUACGUCUUGCGAGCCCAUGCUUAUAAAGCAUUUGGAUCGUUCAAAAGCGGCGGCCACGUUUAAGAUUUCAAUCGACAACGCAACCUAGCUUCUUUCUUCAUGAUAAAUUCAGAAAUAAUUAUCUAUAAGAUGUGUCUUUUAGGUUUUUAAUUUGAAAAUGCUUUAGGGCUACAGGGUGUUACCCUUCGUCUAAAGCUUUGUUAUCAAUUCAAGUAAUAUAUAGCUCAUGUUUCUUUCCUUAUUA